AUGACAUUAAAUUACUCAUAUAAAGGGAAUUGUGACCCUGUUCAAAUACAUCUACUACCCGGAAGGUACUUAUUUGAAGCUUGGGGUGCUGCGGGUGGAAUAGAAAACGAAAAUUUUUUUGGUAAAGGUGGGUAUACUUCCGGUAUAAUUACUCUUACAAAACAAACUCGAUUCUAUGCGAUAAUAGGCAGUCGAGGUCAACGAGCCGUCAAAGCUAUGACCACCCCUUUAGGUGGCUGCGGUGGUGGUGGAAAAGGAGGAUUACCGUAUUCUACAAAUUACUUUUCUGGUGCAGGCGGCGGAGAUGCCACUAUAAUAUAUUAUGAAACUCAAGAAUUGGGCUCACGCAUCAUGGUAAGUGGAGGUGGAGGUGGCGGAACGAGUAGUUCGUGUUUUUUAAUGCCAGGCUAUGUCGGCGGCGUUGUGGCCGGAAAUGGCGGGUCAAACCGUAUAAAUUUGAUCUCUAUCGGCGGAUCUCAGGAUAAUGGUACUCAAAAUGGAGUGGGCCAAAAUGGCAGAAAUGGACAAUUAGGAGAUUGUGGAAAGGAAGGAAACCCUGGGUGUGGUGGCGGAUACAGAGGUGGCAUGACAACAACAGUAACUGGAGAUUACAGUGAUGUCUCUGGAAGCGGUGGAAGCUCGUACAUAUCUGGAGAUCCGUAUUGUAAAACAAAUCCCUUAGCAACCUUUCAUGACACGAAGAUAUUGGCCGGAAACAAAUAUUUUAAUUUACCCGAUGGAACUCAAUCCUUAGGAAAUCCAAGUCAUGGCUAUCUGCGAAUUACUAAAUUAGCUCCAAUCCCUACCUGUCACAUCAUGUGCUAUUUUACGAAACAUUCAUUUUUCUUUAUCUUCAUUUUUAUUAUUGAGACUUAA